AUGCGCAGUCGUCAACAGCUCAGGACACUUCCGAAUCUCCAUGAGAAAGCCCCCUGCGAAAGUGUCCCGGUGAGCCGAACACCGCAGGUUUAUGUUAAUCGACUCUCAGAGGAGGGGAGCCGCGGAGCCAUUUUGUAGUCAUUUAGAAAUUGCCCGUGGAAUAAUGUGACUGCGCUCCGUGGAUACUAUGGAUAUAAGUGUCUUUUCCACUUUAAAACUUCACCAUGAAGGAUAAAGGAAAAAGGGAGAUGGAUAGUUAAUGUUUUUGUGGAGGUGUUUCGAUGAAGUUGAAUGGGAUUUGUUGGAGUUUUAAGCCAUGGAAUUACCGAUGUAUUGGAUUUGGGUUUGUGUUCUAUUCAAUGUGCCCAUGCUAGGAUGUUUCGAGCUACACCUUUCGGAGACGUUACAAACUGGGACCGUUUUGGCAAAUUUGUCCCUGGGGCCCGGUUGGAUUUACAAAAUCGACAGGACUUUAACUCCUAAAUACAUUCAGAACUUUUUACAAGUGGAAUGGCAAGAAGGAGCUCUCCGUAUGUACGGAAAAGUGGAUUGUGUGCGCUUAUUGAGGAACCCGGUGCCUGUCUAUAUCAGGAUAGGGUCGUUGACGUCAGAAAAUUUUGUUUUGACACAUUUCAAUACAUUUGUACACGGACAGGACUGUUUUAUCAAAUACAAGAGAAAGAGCACAAUAGGUAAGCCCGACAUUCACAUCAAUUACCUUUCCAAACUGGAAGCAACUUCCUGCUUAUCCGCAGGUCAUUUGCUUGUGAAUGUAACAGAACUUUUGCCUGCCUUUACGCGAAAUACCAAUUUUUCUGCCUCAUGCACUACUGGGAAAGACUUGAGAGCAGUUUUUAAACAUGGCAAUCUAUUGCUGGACGACGACUACUGUUUGGGGCACGGAGAGCUGAGCGAGGUGCAUUUGCAUUGUACACUGCGUGCUCUGAGUGACCAGCGCGUCCGCGUCUCGGUGAGCGCGAGGUUGCGGUUGGUGACAGUGGUUGAGAUUGUGCCUGGCAAAUGGAACAACCGAAAACGGAGAAAUGUGAACACACCUCCCCAGUUUCAGCUCCCCAACUACCAGGUGUCUGUUCCCGAGAAUGAACCAUCAGGGACCCGCGUCAUCACACUAAAGGCCACUGAUCCUGAUGAUGGAGAGGCCGGUAGAAUAGAGUAUGGAAUGGAGGCCCUCUUUGACAGCAGAUCCAACAAUUUUUUGUAAUAAACCCUCAGACAGGUGCUAUUACAACAGUGCAGCCUUUAGAUAGGGAGGUCAAAGACACACACGUCUUCAAAGUAAUGGUAACAGACAACGGCUCCCCACGGCGUUCAGCCACGUCUUACCUCACAGUGACGGUCAGCGACACCAACGACCACGGGCCGGUGUUCGAGCAGACUGAAUACCGGGUAACCAUACGGGAGAAUGUAGAGGUGGGCUUUGAGGUCAUGACCAUAAGGGCCACAGACGGGGACGCACCCUCCAACGCCAAUAUGGUCUAUAAAAUAGUCAACAGCGACGGAGUGAACGCUGGUUUUGAGAUCGACUCACGCCAUGGGCUGGUGAGGAUCAGAGAGCGGCCCGAUAGAGAGACCAUGUCCCAGUACCAGCUGAUCGUGGAAGCCAACGACCAGGGGAAAGACCCUGAACCCCGGAGCGCCACGGCCACCGUCAACAUCUCUGUAGAGGAUGAGAACGACAACUACCCCCAGUUCAGUGAGAAACGUUACGUGGUCCAAAUCCCUGAGAACGUGGCCGUCAACUCUAAAGUCAUUCAAGUCGAGGCCACGGACAAAGACGAGGGAAACAACGCUAAGGUCCACUACAGCAUCAUCAGUGGCAACGUAAAGGGACAGUUCUACAUCCACUCUCCCACUGGGGUCAUCGAUGUCAUUAAUCCCCUGGAUUACGAGAUGAUUAGGGAGUAUAAUUUACGGAUUAAAGCUCAGGAUGGCGGCAGGCCUCCGUUGAUCAACGGGACUGGGAUGGUGGUGGUCCAGGUGGUUGACGUAAAUGAUAACGCUCCUAUGUUCGUCAGCACGCCGUUCCAAGCCACUGUGCUCGAGAAUGUGGCCAUUGGCUACUCAGUAAUCCACAUCCAGGCUAUAGACGCUGAUUCUGGGGAUAACGCCCGUCUGGAGUACUGUCUCACCGACACCUCCCUGGUUUCCCCUUCACCAUCAACAACAGCACUGGGUGGAUCACGGUCGCCGUGGAGCUCGACAGGGAAACCACUGAGUUCUAUACCUUCGGCAUGGAAGCGAGGGAUUGUGGGAUACCUGUGAUGUCAUCCUCGGCCAGCGUGAGCAUCACGGUCCUAGAUGUGAACGACAACAUCCCGACCUUCACAGAGAAGGUGUAUUCUCUAAAGAUUAAUGAGGAUGCUGUGGUGGGGACCAGUGUGUUGACAGUGACAGCCGUUGACAGGGAUGUAAAUAGCGUCGUAACCUAUCAGAUCUCUAGCGGAAACACCAGGAACCGUUUCGCCAUCACCAGUCAGAGUGGAGGCGGGCUCAUCACCUUGGCGUUACCCUUAGACUACAAACAGGAGCGCCAGUACAUCCUGACAGUGACGGCUUCGGACGGCACGCGUUAUGACAUGGCACAGGUGUUCAUCAACGUCACGGACGCCAAUACGCACCGUCCCGUGUUCCAGAGCGCCAACUACCAGGUGAUGAUUAGCGAGGACCGGCCCGUGGGGUCCACCGUGGUCGUCAUUAGCGCCACUGACGAAGACACGGGUGAGAACGCUCGCAUCACGUACAUCAUGGAGGACAACGUACCCCAGUUUAAGAUCGACCCCGACACAGGCGCCAUCACCACCCAGAUGGAGAUAGACUACGAGGACCAGGCGUCGUACACGCUAGCCAUAAUCGCCAGGGACAGCGGCAUUCCUCAGAAGUCCGAUACAACCUAUGUGGAGAUAAUAAUCCUGGAUGCCAACGACAACACACCUCAGUUCCAACGGGACAUGUAUCAGGGGACUGUAUUCGAGGACGCACCCGUUUACACCAGUGUGCUCCAGAUAUCUGCCUCCGACAGGGACUCCGGGUCCAACGGUAGGCUGAGCUACACCUUCCAGGGUGGAGAUGACGGGGAGGGGGACUUCUUCAUCGAGCCCUACUCUGGCAUCAUCAGAACAGCCAGGAAGCUAGACAGAGAGAACGUGCCUGUGUAUACCCUGAAGGCCUUCGCUGUGGACAAGGGGAUUCCUCCUCUCAAAGCAGCGGUGGACAUCCAGGUGUCGGUGCUGGAUAUUAACGACAAUGCACCCGUGUUCGAGAAGGACGAACUGUUUAUCUACGUAGAGGAGAACAGUCCCGUCGGUUCCGUUGUGGCUCGGAUCAGCGCCACCGACCCAGAUGAAGGGAACCAACGCUCAGAUCAUGUACCAGAUCGUCGAGGGGAACAUCCCUGAGGUCUUUAAGCUGGACAUCUUCAAAGGCGACCUCACCGCCCUUACGGACCUCGACUACGAGUCCAGAACCGAGUACGUCAUUGUGGUCCAGGCCACGUCCGCUCCCCUCGUCAGCCGGGCCACAGUCCACAUCCGUUUAGUCGACAUCAAUGACAACGACCCGGUUCUGCAGAACUUUGAGAUUAUCUUCAACAACUAUGUGACCAACAAGUCCAAUAGUUUCCCCUCAGGGAUCAUAGGGAAGGUGCCUGCCCAUGACCCGGACGUGUCGGAUAAACUCCACUACAGCUUUGAGUCGGGGAAUGAGCUGAACCUACUGGUGCUGAAUGCAGACACAGGGGAACUAAAGCUCAGCAGAGACCUGGAUAACAACAGACCUCUAGAGGCCCCCAUGACUGUCUCUGUCUCCGGUAAGAGCACCUAAAAUGUAUAAAUGCAAAUGGCUGAUCCGCUUAUUACCAUGUCUUAUUAUUAUUAAUACCUGUAAUUACCUGUCUUAUUACCUAAAGAAAACGCCUUGUUCAUAAAUCAUAUUCUUCUGGCCUUGUAUUUAGAGGUUUAAAAUAGGCCUAGUUUCAUGCUGGCAGAGUUGAAUGAGUAAGCAAAGGACUUUAUUCAAGAUGGAUAUCUCAGCGGUGAUUUUCAUGGUCUGGUAUGACCGAGAGUUGAAUUAAAUGAAGCAAAGAAGCAUUUGAAAGUAAGCUAUUUUGGUUUUCCACUCUUUCCAAUCACCUGAAAUAGUUUGCUGCUUGCAGAGUGGAAUAAGUGUAAGAAAUAUAUGUGAGAUAGAUAAUAGAUAUCACAGUUGUAAUAUCAUAUUUAUCGUCUGGAACUGUGUGUAGUUGACUGCGUGUUCUAUUGAAGCGACGCGGAGCGGUAGGUGGUAGGAUCUGGUUCUACCGCUUUACGCUGUUUGUGUGAUACUGUAUUGUGGUGGUCAGUGGUUGCCUGGGUUCAUAAAAUGUGCUAUUAUACCAGGUGCCCUUAUUUUUUAACCAAUGUUGUUAUUUUUUCACUGCAGAAAUGCGGUUUGCACAUAUCAACAUCAUAGCACGCGAGACACCUUCUUCAAAGAACUCACCUUACAUGAGAACAGCUUAAGUUGGCACUUUUUUCACUUAGGUUAGCAGGAAUGGUUAAGUGUGAUGAUCAAAACUGCUACAAUGUCUGUCUCACGCAUUCAGUCACUGAUAUAGUUCUCCGUGCUUUACAUAGCCUUAGUCAGCAGUUCGUGCUGGGGGAUUUUGCUGCAAUUUCGGUUAAAACGAGGAGUGACUUGUUGCUGAUUGUGUUGUACAGCCCAUACAGUUAUCUGCAUUCGUCGGUACCUCAUGCAGAAAGAAUUUGUGUGAAAGAUGUCCUCUUAUACAGCAGUAGACUUUGUUCUUUUGAGUUAAAGAUUACACCAAUGCAAACACCCAUAGCUCACACCCUCACAGAGACACUGUAGUAGAGGUUAUUUCAACUGUAAUAUAGAGCAUGGAUGUUAUACAGGUCUUCUUAUUGACUUGUUUCAGGCAGUAAGUGGGAGAGAGGCAUCCUAUCCCCAUGAGAGAAUGCUGUCAUAUUGACAGCUGUUUGUCUCUCUGUGAAGGCUUUUCUUUCAAUUCGCAUCAAGUUCCCGAUAUGGCAAACUGCCUAGCACCUUAAGUCUCUCUCUCUCUCUCUCUCUCUCUCUCUCUCUCUCUCUCUCCUCUCUCUCUCUAUCUCCUCUAUCUAUCUUCUCUCUCCUCUCUCUUCUCUCUCUCUCUCUCUACUCUCUCUCCUCCUCUCCCUCUCAUCCCCUCUCUCUCUCUCUCUCUCUCUCUCUCUCUCUCUCUCUCUCUCUCACUCUCAUUCCCUCUCUUUCUAUUUACCAAGAAUGAAACCUCUCUAAGCCUUUCCUUCUCAACCUCUCUCAUAAUUAGUUAUCUCAAUGACUUGUCUUUUUCUGUGUAACAAACGACAGUCUGGCCCUAUGAGUGUCCAGAGGCUCGUGGUCACUAGUGGACCUUCUGAAGGGGCAGCUAGCCCCUUGUGUCUUGCUUUCACAUUCGCCAAUAACAAUUUGGACUAUUGAGGUCUCCUUGACAAUGCUGACCCCCGGCUGUCCCUCGAGGGGCACCCCUGCCCCCCUCCAUCAGACCAUCAGAAUAAUGUGUUUUACACACACACACACACACACACACACACACACACACACACACACACACACACACACACACACACACACACACACACACACACACACACACACACACACACACACACACACACACAAACAAACACUCACACACACACACUCUCACACACACACACACACACACACACACACAUUCCAACCCCCAACCUCCCUCCUCACUACUCCAGACACACCCUGAUGUCAAAUGUUAGGUAACCAUUAACACUGGUACUCUGACCUCUCAACCCCAGGCCCAGGGGAGAGGAAGGGCCCCUAUAGGGACAACAGGAGACCAGACUGA